UCUGACAGCACCGCUCAGGGUCAGGGUUCAGGGACUCAAGCAGAAAGCUGCCAUUCAGCUCUCUGGGCUGGCCCUGCCCUUGGCGGGUGCCAAGAGGAGAGCCCUGGGGAGAAGAAGCCAGGAAUGGGACGAUCAUGGGAGCAGAUGGCACCCGGCGGCGUUGCCACCAACCACAACAACGAACAGAAAAAGCCCUGGAGUGAGGAUGAGCAAACCUGGGUGAAAAUUCUACCAGUGACUUCGAGGUUUUCUACAGGUACGAUCCAAGCUCCACAGUGCAGAACGAGACGUGGCCCCUGCCACCCAUGGGUGCAGCUCUCACCGCGGCUCCUGCUCAGAGCAAAUGGCCGCAGCGCCCACCGCGCCCUGCUGUGUCAUAGGCCCCCUUCAUCAUGGCCCGGAUGGAGACUCCUUUGUGCAUUUGCCCUGUCUCUGGGCUGUGCAGAGUGUGUCCCUCAGGGCAGCUGUGGUCACCUGCACACCAGUCUCUUCUCACCGGGCUGCAGUGUGCACGCAUGCCUUUCCGGCCGAGCUGCUGCCUGUCCUGCCGUCCCUGCCCUGGGGGCCUGGAGAAGCAUGGCUGCUGCCGAAGCGAGGGGUCCUGCGUGGAGGCCGGGGCCAGAAGAAACCAGAAGCCGUGCAUCUGCCUUCCGCAUGUGCUGCUCUGCCCAGGACACAGAGCGGGCUUGCGCCGACGUCCAUUCCUGCCCCGCUGCCCUUUCCCUCUGGAUGCCUGGAUGGGCCAGGCUGGAACGGCCCCCGGGCACACCUGCUGCUGGGGUGAGGGGCAGCCGGAGUCAGCUGUCCCAGCUUCAGACCAGGAGACACCACCGGCACGCUGACAUUGGGGAGUCCCUGGCCAGGUGGAGAACUGGUGCCACUUCCCAAAGAAUCCCUGAGAUGCUAAAAGUACUGCCUGCAGCUAUUGGGUGCUUGCAAGUGGUAAUACUGUGAUCGAGGGUAUUAGAUAGCUGCCUACAUCUCAGCUCUGCUCUGAGCUCUAGGUGAGGUCUGUCUGGUUUGAACAGCCCCUUGCAUGCCCCUUUCUCUCUUUCCAAACCUUCCUACCCACGCUACAUGGCUCCUCCCCUCCCCACCUUGUCACCCAACUGAGACCUGGCCCAACCCCAGUAGUCCCCUCUCAGCAUCUUACCCUCACCCAGCACUUUACAGGGUGUCCUCGACCCUAACAGGCACCAUAGACCCAGGCCCUGCACGGGGCACGAGGACGGAGCAAGGUCCUCAGGUGGCGAGGAGAGGAAGCAGGGCUUCCCUCCAGGCCUUCUGACUCCAGGUCCACGUUCUUUCCCCUUCGUGUUGCAGCCCCAGCAGACUCGUGGCAGCCAGGAAUGGGGCCGGUCUAAUGUGAUUGUCCUGGGACUGCCGUGUGUGCCCAUCUGCUAAUACCGGAGGCACAGUGCUGGCUUGCGGGAUGCUUGAUGCUGAGGUUGGGACUUCUUGGAUAAAGAGCCCUUCCUGAGACACCUCGGCACUGUCUGUGCUCAGCAGAGCUAAGCUGAGCUUGGAGAGCUCUGGGGGACGAAGGCAAGGGGAACAUAAACAGGAGAAAAAUCCCAGAAGAGCAGCAGCUGAUGUAGGGAUCCUCCCACACACCCCUGCAAAGCCCUUGUCCACGUCCCAUCACAGGGAGCUCGCCUGCUCCUAAACCGGCGCAUUGCGUUUCCAGCUCUGACACAGAGGUCCUCAACUUAGGCUGCACACCGGAGUCACCUGGCGCUUUAAGAGACGCGAGAAUCUCACUCCCGGGUGCAGCCUGGACACUGGGAUUUUUACAGCCUCCCCCAGAAAUUCAAAUGUGCAGCUAAGACUAAGUCCUGUUCUGCCUGGUAGGUGGUUCUGCCAAAAGAACCCAAAGAUGAGAUAUAUUUAGAGAAAAAGAGUAAGCGUUAGGAAUUGUCAUAGAGUUUCAAAGAUGACUGGGCCCAGAGAACCCACGUAGCUCAGCAGCCUGGCAGGGGAUAUAACCGAGUGAGCUGGCAUUUGGGGCACGUGUAAGGGAAACUGACACCUGGCCUCAGCGUUGCCAUGGCAGUGGGGAGCGGUGGGGACUGGGGCAUCUUAUUGGGUGCCCAGUUUUAUUAUUGUCCAGUAUGAUGCUCUAAGAUCUUCUCAUCUUUUUGAACAUCAGAAAUCUAGAUUUUUAUGCAUAUUCUCCAAAUUUUUAAAUAUUGGCAAAAUAAUUAAAAUAAAUUAAAAAAAACCACACCACCACGUGAGGCCGUAUUGGGUGAAUCCAAUAGGCUGUGUCCGUGUAGUAAAUCCAUGGG